AUGCUGCGGUACCUGCUGAAGACGCUGCUGCAGAUGAACCUGUUCGCCGACUCGCUGGGGGCGGAGGGCUCCAACUCCUCCCAGCUCCUGCUCGGCAUCAACCGCACCAUCGCUGCGCUCCAUCUCCCCGGCCUCACCCCCGGCAACGGGUCCCACCCCCAGCUGGAGGACACGGCCCCCCGUAUCGUGGAGCACCCCACGGAUCUCCUGGUCUCCAAGGGCGAACCGGCCACCCUGAGCUGCAAAGCCGAAGGUCGCCCGUCCCCGGCGGUGGAGUGGUACAAAGACGGGGAGCGCGUGGAGACGGACCGGGAGGACCCCCGCUCCCACCGCACCCUCCUCCCGGGGGGGUCCCUCUUCUUCCUCCGCAUCCUCCACGGCCGGCGGGGGAAGCCCGACGAGGGGGUCUACGUCUGCGUGGCCAGGAAUUACCUGGGGGAGGCCACCAGCCGAAACGCCACCCUGGAGGUGGCCGUGCUGCGGGACGAUUUCCGGCAGCCCCCCGGGGACGUGGCGGUGGCGGCAGGCGAACCGGCCGUCCUGGAGUGCGUCCCCCCCCGCGGCCACCCCGAACCCAGCGUCUCCUGGAAGAAGAACGGCGCCCGGCUCAGCGACAAGGAUGAGCGCCUGACGAUACGCGGCGGGAAGCUGAUGUUGGCCAGCGCCCGCAAGAGCGACGCCGGCGUCUACGUCUGCGUGGCCACCAACGUGGUGGGGGAGAGGGACAGCGAGCCGGCCGAGCUGGUGGUCUUCGAGCGCCCGGCGUUCGGCAAGAGGCCCCUCAACCAGGCGGUGCUGGUGGAGGGGACGGCGGAGUUUCCCUGCGAGGCGGUGGGGGACCCCCGGCCGGCGGCUCGCUGGCGCAAGGAGGAGGGCGACAUGCCGCCGGGAAGGUGGGAGGUGCUGCCCGACAACACCCUGCGGAUCAGCCGGCUGCGGGCAGAGGACGAGGGCACCUACACCUGUGUGGCCGACAACACUGUGGGCAGGUCGGAGGCGUCAGGCACCCUCACCGUGCACGUGCCCCCCCAGCUCGUCACUGGGCCCCGUGACCAGACCGUCACCGCCGGCCAGAACGUCACCUUCCGGUGCGAGAGCAAGGGCAACCCACCACCCGCCGUGUUUUGGCAGAAGGAGGGCAGCCAGACCCUGCUGUUCCCCGGCCAGCCCCCGUACCCCACCGGCCGCUUUUCAGUCAGCCCCGGCGGUGCCAUCACCAUCGCCGACGUGCAGCCCACCGACGCCGGCUACUACCUGUGCCAGGCCAUCAGCGUGGCCGGCAGCGUCCUGGCCAAGGCGCGGCUGGAGGUGGCAGAGGCUGAGCACCCACUGCCGGGGAUCCGCCGGGGUCCUGCUAACCGGACAGUGCUGCCGGUGGGGGCCACGGCGUGGUUGCCAUGCUGGGUGGGGGGCGGUGACCCCCCGGCCAGCGUGGGGUGGCUGAAGGAUGGGAGCGUGCUGGUGGGUGCCCAGCCCCGCACCAGCCUGCUGCAGAACGGCACCCUGCAGAUCACCGGCCUCCGGGAGCUCUUCCCCUCGCAGGUGACGGACUCCGGGCACUAUGAGUGCGUGGCCACCAGCUCGGCGGGCGAGAGACGCUGGGGUGGCUCCCUGGAGGUCCAAGAUGAAGGAUCCAGCCUCUCCCCACCAUCCCCCAAGCCCGGCGUCCUCCCCAGGCCACCUUCCACCCCCGUGGUCACCAACGUCACCAAAACCAGCGUCACCCUGAACUGGAAAGCGAACGAGGACAGUGGUGCCACUGAUGCCACCUCCUACAUUGUGGAGGCUUUCAGCCAGGCGGCAGGUGGCCCGUGGCAGACGGUGGCAACUGACGUGGAGGGUGAGACCCACACGGUGAGCGGCCUCGUCCCCGACACCGUCUAUCUCUUCUUGGUGCGGGCAGUCAACGCCUACGGGGUCAGCGACCCCAGUGGUGUCUCGGAGCCCGUGUGCACCCAAGACGCCAGCCCCACGCAGCAAGGGCCGGACCCCGAGCGGGUGCAGCGGGAGCUGGCACAAGUGGCCGUGCACCUUCAGGAGCCCGUGGUGCUGCCACCGGGUGCUGUCCGCCUCGCCUGGACCGUGGAGCGCCAAGCACCCUUCCUCGAGGGUUACCGGGUGCUUUACCGGCAGCGCGGCGGGCACUGGGAGGAGGCGCGGGCAGUGCGGGCGCCGGGGGAGCGGGGGGCCCUGCUGACUGAGCUGCGGCGGGGCCGGGACUACGAGGUCAAGGUCCGACCCUACUUCCAUCACCUCCACGGCCCCGACAGCGCCGUGCGUGCCCUGCGCACCCCCGAGGCGGUCCCCAGCGCCCCGCCGCGAGCCGUCAGCGUAGCCGGUAAUGGCACCAGCGUCCGCAUCUCGUGGCAGCCGCCACCGCCGGCCGAGCAGAACGGCAUCAUCCGUGAUUACCGGAUCUGGUGCUUGGGCAACGAGAGCCGCUUCCACAUCAACCAGAGCGUGGAGGGGACGGUGCUGGCGACGGUGCUGCGGGGGCUGGUCCCCGGCGUCCCUUACCGUGCUGAAGUUGCCGCCGCCACUGGUGCUGGCGUGGGUGCCCGUAGCGCUCCCGUCCCCAUCCGCAUCGACCCCCCGGCGGAGCGGGACGCGGGGCCGGCGGGUGGGACCAGCAUGGCGGAGCGUUUGGCCGAGGUGGCCAGGCAGCCAGCCUUCAUCGCCGGCGUUGGCGGCGCUUGCUGGGUCAUCCUUGCCGCCUUUGCCGCUUGGCUCUACGGCCGCCGCCGGAGGAAGAAAGAGCUGAGCCACUUUGCCGCAUCCUUCGCCUAUACGCCCGCCGUCGCCUUCCCGGCUCCGGCACGUGGCAGCCCCAGGGCCGCCAGCGGCGGUUACCCGUGGCUGGCAGACGCGUGGCGUGGCAGCGGCGUGGCCGGUACAGCCGGCUGCUUGGGGACCACCGAGAGAUACUACAACGAAGCCGGCAUCACCCGUUACAUCGCCCAGACGGAGCCAUUUGGGGCGGGGGCUGGUGAGGGGCCGGUGUACAGCACCAUCGAGGCAGGCGCCGAGGAGCUCCGCACCUUCCCCCGUCCGUUCUCACAGCACGGGACCCCCCCCUACGCCGGGGGGGUUCCCCCACCGAUGGACGCCCCGGCCCCCCAAGCGCCCCGCGGCUGGGCCGAGCAUGGGGCCAAAGGGAAGAAGCUGGGGCAAGCGGUGAAACCGCCGGCGGUGAGCUGGAUGGAGCUGCUGCCCCCGCCGCCCUCGGCCAGCGAGCUCAGCCGCUGCGCCCAGGAGGAGGAGGAGGAUGAAGAGGAAGAGGCAGCUGGAGGGUUGGGGACACAGGAGUGGUACCCCGGCGAGGAUGUCCCCUGUGCCACCGCCGCGUCCUCGCCCGCCGUCUCCUCCGGCUGCCGGUCCACCGCCACGCUGACGCCAUCGCCGUCGCCCCGCGCCGCCGAGGACAUCCCCCGCCUCCGGGACUUUGAUAGCCCUCGCCUGCACCGGAGACCCCCCCACGGCGUCGGCACCCCCUCACGGGUACCCAGCCCCCCGCCAAGUCCGGACACCAGCGAGGGCCACCUGCCCCGAGCCCGCCGCCCCCCCGGCACGGGGAAAACCCGUGGGGAGACCCCGAAAAGUCGCCCGAAGCCCAAAUGCAGCCGCUACCGCCGGGAAAAGCAGCCGGGAGCCCUCUCCUCCCUCUCCGCUGCAGACCUGCCACCGCCACCGCUGCCGCCGCCAGGCGAGACCCCCAGGCCCUCGCCGGAGCAGGAGCCGAGCGGGGCCGAGCGCAAGGUCGCCCAUCGCCCACCCCGCAGCGACGAGGCCGUCCCCUACGGCAAACCCUCCUGCCUGCCCCGAGGGCAGGUGUCCGGCAGCUGCUCCACCACGGGCAGCGUCUCGUCCCGCGGCUCCACCGGCUCCCGCGGCCACGGCUCGGGGCGCAGCCGGACGCCGGGGGAUCGUGGCGAAGGGACCGGCCAUCGCCGUCGCCCGGGCCCCCCGUUUUCCUGCCCGUCGCAGGAGAAGCGAUGAAACGGAGGGCGAGACG